AAAAUCCCAUCUUUUUUAAUCUCUCUAUUUUUUUUUUUUUUUAACCUUUCCCUUAGCUCUGAAUCUUCCUUUAAUUCUCUCUGCCUCUUCUGGGUAUGGACCAUUUUUCCCCCCCAAUACUAUUCCUCACUUGAAUCCCAAGUUAACAAGCAAAACCUUACACUGCAAGCGUGUUCUGUCCUUUUUCUGUUACUGUAUUUAAUUUUGGGGUGACAUUAACGUAGAUCUUGGGCACUGUUUGUGGAAGGAAUAGCACAAGAAGGGGAAAAAAAUACUACACAAGUGUAGGAAAAAGAACAAGCUGCAUUAAUUAUUUGGAGGUGAAAUCUGAACUAAAGUGUUUUGAAGUUACUUGUAAAGAGACUGAAGGGUGACUUGUUUUGGGUUUUCAUCUUCCUCUUGCACCUUCAAAAAUUGUUCCUUUUUUGCUGAGGUAAUAAUAGGUCUGAGCCUAUUUCAGCUCCCAAAUCAAAAUCUUUGGCAUUUGGUGUGGAUUUAUGUCGAUUUAAAUCAAGCAUCUAUGCUUUGAAAACCAUGUUUUAUCCUGCAUAAAAAAAGCUUGGAUCUUUCGCUUAGAUGCUAACUAUUCUUCCAAAAGAAGGUUGGCGAGCCACCAAACUUUUCGUUGUUCUCUUAUCUUCUUAAGAUUGGUGGGGUACUGCUUUUUUUGUUUUCAACAUAUCUGCAGGAGCUAAAUUUAGGUAGAUAGAGAUCUUGGUUCUUGUCCAUUGGUGUGAACAGUUUCAAAAUUCGAUUUUGAUUUUACCAGUGCUGAAAAAGGGUAUGAGGAGGAAUACUAGUUCUCAUUCAGGAAGGUUAUUUAGUGACAGGAAGUGGGCUUUUCCGUUUUUGGCUAGUUUGCUUGUAACCGUGAGUCUGGUUCUGACAGCUAUAUUGGGGGCACUUAGCUCUUCUGGUGUGGGAGAGCCGUCACCGUUUGACAUCAUUUCAUUUGCAAUAUCAGAAGGAUCGAGUGGAUAUUUUGUAGAAUCUGAUAUAGAAAGGUCGUUUAAUGCUAAUGUGGUUCAGAAAAUGGAGGCACCUAGGUUGGCAUAUCUUAUUUCAGGCACUAAGGGUGAUAGUCUUAGGAUGAUGAGGACAUUAGAGGCAGUGUAUCACCCAAGAAAUCAGUAUAUCUUGCAUUUAGAUCUUGAGGCGCCGCCCCGGGAAAGGUUGGAAUUGGCAAGUGCAGUGAAAGCUGAUCCUACAUUUCGUGAAGUAGAGAAUGUGCGUGUUAUGUCUCAAUCCAAUUUGGUGACUUAUAAGGGUCCUACCAUGAUUGCUUGCACCCUCCAAGCUAUAGCUAUAUUAUUGAAAGGGAGCUCACAUUGGGACUGGUUUAUAAACCUCAGUGCCUCAGAUUAUCCUCUUGUGACACAGGAUGAUUUGCUCCAUAUUUUCUCUAAUCUGUCAAGAGAUCUGAAUUUCAUUGAGCAUACACCAAUUGCUGGUUGGAAACUGAGGCAUCGAGCAAGACCGAUUGUUGUUGAUCCUGCCCUUCACUUAUCAAAGAAAUCUGAUAUUGCAUGGACUACUCAACGAAGGACACUUCCUACAUCUUUUAAUUUGUAUACUGGUUCAGCUUGGGUUGUGCUGACCAGGUCCUUUGUGGAGUACUGCAUAUGGGGAUGGGAUAACCUUCCACGGACUAUCCUUAUGUAUUAUACAAAUUUUAUCUCCUCUCCAGAGGGUUAUUUUCACACUGUCAUUUCUAACACUGAGAAAUUCAACCAUACUGCAAUAAGCCAUGAUCUUCACUACAUUGCUUGGGACACUCCCCCAAAACAGCAUCCCAUCUCAUUAACUAUGAAGGACUUUGACAAAAUGGUUGAAAGCAAGGCUCCCUUUGCCCGAAAGUUUGCAAAGGAUGAUCCAGUCCUGGACAAGAUUGACAAAGAACUUCUGGGGCGCAAACAUAGAUUUUCGCCUGGCGCAUGGUGUGUUGGUACCUCAGAUGGUGGAGCAGACCCAUGUUUUUUGCGUGGCAAUGAUACAGUGUUUAGUCCAGGCCCUGGUGCUGAGAGGCUGCAUGAGCUGUUUCAGACGCUGUUGUCUGAAGAUUUUCAAAGCAAGCAGUGUUUGUGA